AUGCUUCUGGUAACAGCGGUGUCCGUUUUGUUUCUUUCGAGUGAGCUGUUCAGCGCGUUGCGCGCUCCUAUGUUUUCGCAUGGAGGGGUCGAGGCAUUGUCUCUGUUUCCUCAUGCGUCGCCGCAUGCAGGCUCUGCUGGCAGUGAAGAGGCCCAUGCAGGUCCUGAAGGCUUCAGUGAUGGGGGGGCGGCCAUCUCCCCCAGUGCAGCAGAUGGAGAGUCCUUGCCUCAGUCUCUCUCUUUUUCUGAAGCGUCCCCUGCGGAUGAAAGUGAGACAUCUGACGAGGGAAAGAGCUCCUCCGAGGCAGAUCAGUCCAAGCAAGAAGGACAAGACGCGCCGUUAUCUCAAUCAACAGAAACGACCACGAAUAAGCAUGCGGCCACGCCCCCCACAGCGGCAGUCUCGGGUGCGACGGAAUCUGUAUCUGCGUCGCCAGACCAGCCCUCUUCGGCGGCCAAGAAGACAGCGACCUCUGAUUCGUCAAAGCAAUCGGAUUCGGGAAAUGCACCUCUGGCAGAAGUUGUCGUGGACGAGAUGGAUCAGCUGAACUCUGUGAACGCCGCGGGUGUCUUUAUAAGGCGCAUCUGGAAGGAGCACAAGCGAGUAGGAGAGGACCUGCGUGAUGCACUCCGGGAGUACCUCGUGGCUCUCGAAAAGGAAAUGUAUACGCAGCAAGCGGAAAUUUUCGGACUGGAGAAGCUCAAGAUGGAGGAGGCGAUCCACCGCGAGAAGACGCCGGAGGCAAGGAAAAAAGAGGCCGAGCUAGAACUCCGUGCGCUUGCAGAGCACCAAAAAUUCAUGAGAGUUCUUUUCAGUCGACUUCGUCUCAUCCCAGAGAAAACGAAAACCACAGAGGUCAUCGUCAACAGGAUCGAGGAGCUGGAUGAGCCUGUUGACCUCGUCGGAGCAACAGACAAGGGCUCUGGCGCCGACGUCCUCCACAGUCUGAAGGUUCUAGGCGAGGAUUUGAAGAGCAUGCGGAAAUCAUUGAAGAAGUUCGCCGACGAACUCGAUGCGUUGGCAAGCGUAGGUUCCGCCGGGGUCCCUGGGGAGCUCAAUCGAGCUUCGCAGGCUCUCGGGGUCGUCGGCGACCCCCUCGCGGGACCAGUGAGCUCUUUGGGGCAGGAGGCUUUGUCCCUGCUCACGGACGACAAGGGGAACCUCCUUGCAGACGUCGACUCCCGUUACCAUGAAAUGAUGGAUCAAGACUUUGACGCGUUCCCCUUCGAUGAAGAUGUCGACGACGUCGACGCCCAUGGACUGUGGAACACGAAGCAAGGAUCUCGCAGAACCGAAUCGGACGGCCCCGGCGGAAAGCUCGCAGACAAAAAAGGCAAGCGCGUCCGCUUUGCGUCUUCGUCUUUCCAUUCGGAGCGCGACCGCGGACACAAUCUCGAUAUCCCCUGGGCGCCGGAAGCAUCGCACCACCGCCAUAGCGCGCGGUCGUCUUCGUCGCACCGCGGGCCCGAGGGACUGCUGUCGUUCUACUCCGCUCCAGAAGUGGAUGCGGAAGACGGAAAUGACGACGAAAACGAGGAGCAGUCUAGCGACGAUGUGGCGUUCCCGGGGUUCUUCUUCCUUGAACUGGGCAGCAAACGCACUGUUGGGUCGCGCAUCGAGAGCUCGGCGUCUGAGAAGCCGCGAGCGUUCAUUCAGCAGAGCCAACAGAAGACGAUCCGCCCUCAUUCGCGAGGGGAUGCGGGAGGCUCUGUCAUGGACGGCGAACAGCCUCUGAGCUUUCUGCAGACCAACGAGUCAAGCGACGACGAUGAUGAAGCGGAAUUUGAGGAACGCGGAUUGGGCGGUGCUGAGGAUUCCAACGGCGAAGGAAAGGAAUCCGGCGAAGAAGACCAAGAGAGCGCGGAGGCGCACAAGGAGACGCCAGCCGCAAAGGCAGAAGAAAGCGAGCAAACAGACAAAGAAGAGGGAUCAACAAGCGACCAAGGAGAGCACCCGCACGCCGGCGCAGCGGGGAAAAAAGAGGAAAAGGCAGAUGAAGAUAGUCAGGAGAAAGACGACAGUGGCGAGCACAAGCCAGAGAAGAAAAACGGAGAGGAAGGCAACGGCAGUGAAGGGCAAAAGUGCGUCGAUAUCGUGGAUCCAAAGCAGUGCACUGAAACCGCGAACUGCUUCCACGACGACGUCUACCAACAGUGUUUUUUCAAUUGCACUAUCAUACUCAAAGCUGACAAAUGCAACGAACACGAAAAUUGCAGAUACGAACAGCUCUUGCCCAAAAACGCCUGCGUGAAUCAGGGCUAUCAGUCUGUGUCUCUCACCAAACAGUCGUUCGAAGGCAUCAUGCGUGGCUGCGAGGAGUUCCGGGACAAGAAGUCGUGCGACAUGAUGGAGAAAGCAACUCAGCGCCUGAAGGACGCGGGGAAAUCCAUCGUGUACGACUGUCACUGGCUGUCAGCGGAUUCGGAAGGCUCUGAGGAUGAAAACGACAGUGCAGGAGCCAGCAAGGAUGCGGAGGGAGGCCGGAGUGUCUGCAUCAACCGUUUAGAGGCUCCAACAGCUGAGAAACUAUUGUGGGGAACGAUUAUUGCAGAGAGAGAGAGAAAGCUCAAAGAUCUGGAAACAAACCGCCACCUUACGCCAGACAAAGUGUGUGUGCGGCCUCGUGAGUUGACGCACGCUACGUUAGCUCCCGACAAGCCUUUUUACGCAGUCGGCGACCAGGUAGAGGUCGAGUGCAAUGCUGGAUCAUCCUUCGUCGGCACGAGGCGGACGAUAACUUGCCACAAUGAAGGAGCGUUUGACCCUCAAGUCGCUUGUAUCCCGAAGCGGUCUCUCUCCUCGCAGCAGCAGUUAUACAUGAGAAAAAUCGGAGACUACGCCGACGUCGAGCAAGACGCUGCAGGCAUGUCGGCCACAUCUGUUGAAACCGCGAGUGGUUCUGCCCCCUUCGUCGCACGCGGCAUCGUAACGGUCUUCUCUGUCGCGGCGUUUUCGGCAACCGUCCCAGCCGCCUAG